GUUUGUCUUCACUGGUCUCACACAGCCGUGGAGGAUUUCCGCAGAGGGAAAGCGUGACAUGGUUCAGAGAGAGGAUUGAGAGAAAUCCAUUGAGAAGGGGCGUCAUUGACGGGCUGGGUGAUAGUAACGAAAUGAAUGAACAGAUGCUAGUCGCUGCAGUAUAAUAUACAUUUUUGCUAAAGGUGCAGAUGCGGCGGGCCAUGAGCGGAAUACUGAAGAGGAAAUUUGAGGAGGUGGAAGCCUCCUCCUCCCCGUGCUCUUCCUUGCGGGAGUCUGAUGAUGAGGUCUCCUGCAGUGAGAGUGGGGAUAGCAGUGACAGUGUCAACCCCUCCGCCUCAGGCCCUUUCACCCCUGGCUCAAUAUUGAAGAGAGAGAAACGUCUGCGGACGCGGAGGGUGCAUUUUGACAAUGUGACGGUGUACUACUUCAGCCGACGGCAGGGCUUCACCAGUGUGCCCAGCCAGGGAGGCAGCACGCUGGGCAUGUCCAACAGGCACAGCUGGAUCAGGCAGUAUUCCCUGGGUGAAUUUGCCCUGGAGCAGGAGAGGAUCCACAGAGACAUGCUUAGAGAUCACCUUAAAGAAGAGAAACUUAACUCCAUCAAACUCAAGCUGACUAAGAAUGGCACAGUAGAGUCUGAAGAGGCUAACACGCUCACGGCAGAGGACAUCUCUGACGAUGACAUCGAUCUUGACAACACAGAGGUAGACGAGUACUUCUUCCUGCAGCCUCUUACCACUAAAAAGCGUCGGGCACUGCUGCGCUCCUCCGGGGUAAAGAAGAUUGACGUGGAAGAGAAACAUGAACUGCGAGCUAUCCGGAUGUCCAGAGAGGACUGCGGCUGUGAUUGCAGAGUGUUCUGCGACCCAGAGACCUGUGCCUGCAGCAUUGCAGGGAUCAAGUGCCAGGUGGACCGUAUGUCAUUUCCGUGUGGCUGCACAAAAGAGGGCUGCAGCAACUCAAGUGGAAGAGUGGAGUUUAAUCCCAUCCGUGUUCGGACCCAUUUCUUGCACACCAUCAUGAAGCUUGAGCUGGAGAAGAGUCGUGAGCAGCAGCAGGUGUCCCCAACCAACGGUUACCGUGGUGAAACUAAUAACCUGGGAAGCGGAAAUCCUCUUGUUCAGUCCCAGCACAGGUUGGAGUACUCUCUGACUGACGCUGUUCCACAGACGGCCAGCAUGCACCUGCAGGCUGCCGACGAGAUGGAGGAGCCACUCGAUGAGGAAGAUGAGGAAGAAGACGAAGAAGAUGAAGAAGAGGAGGAGGAGGAAGAGGAGAAUGAAGAUGAGGAGGAGGAUGAGGGGGAUAGUAGCAGCGUUUGCAGUGGACUGUCUGACUCCAGCACCCAGAGCUUAGCUAACAGCGACUCGGAGGAUGAGGAGGAGGAGGAGGAGGAGGAGGAUGAAGAGGAUGAAGAGAAGUCUGAGAACUUUCAGGAAGACAUGGAAACUCCAUCAGUGUCUCACACUGAGGUGGUCCCCUUGUCCUCUGUGCUGUGUUACAGCGAUGGCUCUGUGGCGCAUGAUAACCACAUGAACGGAAACACUUAUUUAAUGAACUCUUCUUCAGUUGAGUACUAUCAGCUGGGGAGCUCUAGUGCCAUCUCUAAUGGCCAAACCAGCCAACCCAGUAAACCUUACGGGGAGGCUUUAGUAUUCCAAGAUCCGGCCAGCACGACCAACGGUAGCGUGGCUCAAGGACCUUUCAAUGUGUCUGCCGAACAGUACACAGACUACUCGAAUCCGCCCGAGGAACAGUACGCAGCUAAUCACCAUUUCACUCUGACCAAUGGUGCUCCCGCCACCCCUUUGUCCUGCUACACACCUGAUCAGGAGAAGAAGCUGUUGUCCAAAGCAGUUGUGGAGCAGCCUGAAAACCAGAACCAGACACAGUCAAACUUCCUGAACAAUAACAAUCAGGGUUCCUACAGCGGCCACACCUCAUGUAUGACUGAACAGCCACAGCAAGAGUCCAGCGUUAAUGGACAUUCUGACCUGACCUUACUAGCAAGCAACACUAAGAACCACUCCUUUAUCAGACCAUUGCCCGAGGUCACAGCCAUUUAG